GAGGUGAUGAUGUUUCCUCACAAGCUCCAAACCUCCCAGCAGCGGUGCGAGCGUGGGGUGCUGCAGCAGACAGUUUUUCUCCUGCGAGGUCUUCUCUGAGAUCUGCUGGUGGAAACGAACAGGCUGGAGGGAGGCAUCGCCUCCAGUUUGCUGAGGAAGCUGUCCUCUAGGAAGUCUGAGCGGCGCAACAGCAACCCCCCGCCUCCAGAAGCCAAUGAAAUGGGAUUAGAGAGCGGCUCGAACCGACUGAGCCAAAGGCUGUCCCGCCUGGGCAGCAGGCAUCGGUCCAGGGAUGCUCAGAGACCUCCAGCUCAGCCAGAAAGACCUCCUCCUCCAGCUCCACAAGAUGAAAGGUCCCCACCAGCUCCUUCUCAGCCUCCAGCUCCGCCUCCAGCACCUCUUCCAGCUCCUCCUGUCCCACCAUCGGCAGAAAAGCCCCCUAAGCGGCCCGACAAAGCCACCAAACCCAAGCUGCCCCCUCGGCCCCUCUCCAAGGUGUUCAGCAGCAGCGAACACGGAGCAGCUGUGCUGCAGGGCUUUGAUGUCUUCCGGGGCGACGAGACUCUGUGUGAUGUGGUUCUGGUUCCUGGAGACAGCACAGAAGCCUUCCCGGUGCACAGAGUCAUCAUGGCUUCAUGCAGCGACUACUUCAAGGCCAUGUUCACAGGAGGCAUGAGGGAACAGGAGAUGAGAGAGAUCAAACUGCAUGGGAUCACUAAGACAGGCCUAAAGAACAUCAUCGAGUUCAUCUACACCUCCAAAGUGGUCCUGGACAUGGGCAACCUGCAGGACACGCUGGAAGCAGCAAACUUCCUGCAGGUCAUGCCUGUUCUCAGCUUCUGCAACCAGCUUCUGAGCAGUGAGAUCACGAUUGAUAACUGUGUGGAAGUUGAACGCAUCGCUGACGACUUGCUUUUGGAAGAUGUUCAGCAAAAUAUUGGCAAGUUUGUGAGCGAGAACCUCACAGCGCUGGCGCAGUCCGACCGCUACCUGCAGCUCUCUGAGACCAGCAUGGCCAACGCUCUGGCCAGCAACUCACUGAGGGGUUUCUCUGAGCUGGAGCUCUUCCACAUCGCCAAAGGAUGGCUGGAGCAUGACCCCCCCAAGCGCAGGAAGUCAGUUUACGCCCUGAUGCGCCACAUUCGUUUCCCACUCAUGAGUCCCGGCGAGCUGAUCCAGAUCUCGCAGGACGACGAAGACGAAAGCGAGUCCAUGAUGCGGUCGGAUACGGCCUGUGUUAACCUCCUGCUGGAGGCCAGCAACUACCAGAUGAUGCCGUACAUGCAGCCCGCACUGCAAACCGAGAGGACGCAGAUUCGAUCGGACGCCACGCACAUUCUGGCCCUGGGCGGAGUCAUGCGGCAGCAGCUGGUGGUGAGCCGGGAGCUGAGGCUGUACGACGAGAACACCGGCCACUGGAGAGCCCUGAAGCCCAUGGAUGUGCCACGGUACCAGCAUGGGGUGGCCCUGCUGGGAGGCUUCCUCUUCAUUGUUGGAGGUCAGAGUACCUAUGACACGAAGGGUAAGACGGCCAUAGACAGUGCUUACCGCUACGACCCGCGUUUCAACAAGUGGCUUCAGAUUGCGUCCCUCAAUGACAAACGGACCUUCUUCCACCUCAGCGCCCUGAAGGGGAAACUGUUUGCGGUGGGAGGAAGGAACGCCUCCGGGGAGAUUGACACAGUAGAGUGCUACAAUCUGAAGAAGAAUGAGUGGAGCUUUGUGUCCAACAUGGCAGAGCCUCACUAUGGACAUGCUGGCACCGUUCACGGGGACCUCAUGUACAUCUCAGGUGGGAUCACGCGUGACACCUUCCAAAAGGAGCUGUGGUGUUACGACCCGGUGGCAGACACGUGGAGCCAGCGGGCUGACAUGGUGGAGCUGCGGGGGCUGCACUGCAUGUGCACUGUGGGGGACAGGCUCUACGUCAUGGGAGGCAAUCACUUCAGGGGAUCCAGCGACUACGACGACGUCCUGGGCUGCGAGUACUACAGCCCGGACACAGACCAGUGGACGGUGGUGGCGCCCAUGCCCCGGGGCCAAAGCGACGUGGGCGUGACGGUGUUCAACGGGCAGAUAUAUGUGGUGGGAGGGUAUUCCUGGAACAGCAGGUGCAUGGUUGAUAUUGUGCAGCGAUACGAUCCAGAGGAGAACGCGUGGGACCGGGUGUUCAACGUGCUGGAGCCCCUCGGCGGGAUCCGUGCCUGCACAAUGACGGUUCACCUGCCGGAGGGGUCGGUGGACGAGGCCCAGAUCCAAGACUGCCCCCUACCCACAGCGAAGAUCUGAUCGCCACAGGCAGCGGUGGUGGGGUUUCCGUUUGAACAUCGAAAAAGGACAAAACAGGAAGUGUGUGGGUUGCAAACGCAAGUGCAGCAAACUCUUUUUGCACGACCUUAUUGAGCUUUGUCCUCAUGCAGUUUUCUGCUCCUGGUCUGAGCUGCUGCUCCAGCUCACCUCAUCGGGCUUCUCUUCACUGACCAUCCCAUCAUGUCUCACCAUCUGUGCUUCCCUCUCCAAGGAACAUCAUCUUUGUAGUGUUUUCAACAGGUUCCAGAGCAUUGUUCUCAUAGUAGAGGACACACAUAAAGAAAUUUAAGAUCA